GUGGGCACCUGGGCAGGUGGUAAAUAGUAUCAGUGGUGCAGGUCACGUCUUCUAUGACCUUGGUGGGCUACAAGCUGUCUGUACCCUCCCGCAUCUUCGUCUUUCUCCACACCAUCAGUGCUUACACCUUUUUGUAUUCACAAUACCACACCGAGGAAUUCAGCCAUAAUUACCAUGGUCAGCAUGACUCCUUGAAACUCGCCAAGACAAAAAUAUCACACCUCUCAUUGGUGACUGGAACACUAAACUAUUUAGAUGCAUAUACAGUGGACCCCCGCUUAACGAUCACCUCCAAAUGCGACCAAUUAUUUCAGCUGGCUGAUACAGAGCAGAGUGGGGAUCAUAACAUCACAGACAAGUUCCACGAGCUGAAGAGAACAGACACAGAAAACGAGCCUCACCUGUUCCAGAUAAGCUGUAGGUGUCAUGAAAGCCAAGCACCUUUGGAGGGCUUGCAACAGGUGCCAGAGAUGUUAUGCACUGAAAAAGAGGACUUUUAG